GGCUUGGUGGUUUGUUGAGAAUGAGCAGGUUAAUCGGACCGAAGAAGGCAUUUUCUAGUAAAUGUCUUGUGUGAUACGCCUAGUCUAUUUUUUCAAUGGAAGAUUAUUUUAGCUGAGCAAUUUAAUUGGUGGAGUUGGAUGAAGAACCGAUUGAAGUUAGAGAAAUGGAAAGGCAGUCUGUCCAUACUUGAAGUGAAAAGAUUCGUGUGUUUAGUCAAACAAUAGCUUAUCUCAUUUAAGAAAAUCGUCCUCCAUACACAGAAAUGCGAUUCACCAUUUGGCUUUCAAGUCAAUACAUUCCAAAGUCUGAAGUCUUCUUCUUUAAUCACUGGCCUUAAUAUUGUUUUCCCAUCGAGUGAUGUCACAUAAUUAUAUUUGCCGUUGUUUCCUUGAGACAAUCUCAAAUACCUCACCUAUUCUUCAUUUCAUCCAUCACUUUGAUCUCUUUCCCAGAAAUGGAUUCCUGGCUUUCCUUCUUCAUUAUGUUGUUGGUUUUCGUCGAGGUUCCGGUGUGUUUAUGCUCCUAUGAUUGGUAUACAAGGUGUAGCAGUCGGUUUGACUGCGGGGACAUCACUGGCUUGGGUUAUCCAUUCUGGGGUGAUGGCCGGCCCGAUGGCUGCGGCAAUCCGGAUUCAAAGCUCAUUUGUACGAAAAAUAUCACUAGCAUCGAAAUUAUGAACCUGGAAUACCGCGUUUUGAGUGCCGAUCCUGGCUCCAAAACCCUCAAAAUUGUGAGGGACGACUUCUUGGAUGGAAUUUGUUCACCAGUGUGGGUGAAUACCACCCUGGAUACAGAGCUUUUUGAAUAUGGCCCUAGCCACUUUAGCAUUACGUUACUCUAUGGUUGCCCUUCUUUUCCCAAUUUUUAUCCACCAAUAUCCUUUUGCUCCGUUGAUGGGACCGCUAAUAAAGGCGUUUACAUACAAGACCCUACCGUCCCUGGGGUUUGUGCAAAAAGUGUGGUUGUUCCUGUUCUUGCAACUCUUAAGCAAGAUAUAGGUAAUUGGUCAAGAAUUGAAGACAUCAUCAAAGGAGGAUUCGAUGUGAAGUGGAAGGAGGAUCCAGUUUGUAUUGCCUGCACCGUGUCUAAGGGGGUUUGUGGAUACGACCAGAAUACAAAUCAAACAACUUGCUACUGCCCAAAUCAAUCAUCAAACGGGUUAAAAAUAUGUGCUGCCGGAGACACCCAAGUGCCUUCUAGUAAAUCAGGCAGUAAAGGUUCUAAUAAUGCAGGCAUUGUCAUAGGCGUUGCCGUAGGAGCUGCUGGCAUUGUUGCCGUAUUUCUAGGUUGUUUGGUCUUUGCCAUCAGACAGCGGAGGAAAAAACCUGUCAAUGAAUCUAAAAGCAAAGACCUGCCCACACCUCCUUCAAGCAAAGGCUUUCCAGUUUCUUCAACUAAUUUCUCUCGAAGCACCCCAUCUUAUCCCUCCCCGAAGUUGGAUCUUGAAAGGGGAAGCACGUACUUCGGCGCUCAUAUCUUCAGCUAUGAAGAACUGGAAGAAGCCACUAACCGUUUUGACCCUUCUAGACAACUUGGAGAUGGAGGCUUUGGCACUGUUUACUAUGGCGAGCUGCAUGAUGGGCGUGUAGUUGCUGUGAAGCGCCUAUACGAAAACAAUUUCAAACGCGUUGAGCAGUUCAUGACUGAAGUCGAGAUCCUAACUCGCUUACGGCACCCAAAUCUUGUGCUGCUCCACGGCUGCACCUCAAAACGUAGCCAAGAACUUCUCCUUGUUUACGAAUACAUUUCUAAUGGAACUGUCUCUGAUCAUCUCAAUGGAAACCGGUCGAGUUCUGCUUUAAUGACUUGGCCGGUUCGGUUGAGCAUAGCCAUAGAGUCAGCCGAGGCACUGGCCUACCUCCAUGAAUCGGAUGUUAUCCACCGUGAUGUCAAAACCACCAACAUUCUCCUGGAUGAUAAGUUCCGUGUGAAAGUGUCUGAUUUUGGUUUGUCACGGUUGUUCCCAACGGAUGUCACGCAUGUGUCAACUGCUCCACAAGGAACACCUGGGUAUGUUGAUCCAGAGUAUUACCAGUGCUACCAGCUCACUGACAAAAGCGACGUUUAUAGCUUUGGAGUGGUGUUGGUCGAGCUUAUAUCGUCGUUGCCGGCUGUGGACACCAAUAGACACCGGCACGAUAUAAACCUGGCCAACAUGGCAAUCAACAAGAUUCAGAAUCAUGCAUUGCACGAGUUGGUCGAUCCGUCUCUUGGGUUCGAAAAGGAUUAUGAUGUAAGGAGGAUGACGACGUCGGUGGCGGAACUGGCUUUUCGGUGUUUGCAGCAGGAGAGGGACAUGAGGCCUAGCAUGGAUGAAGUGGUGGAAGUUUUGAGAGGAAUCAAGAACGAAGAGAUUGGAGUACAGAAAGCAGAAGUGGUGGAUAUUAGUGCAGAUGAUGUCGGGCUUUUGAAGAACAUUCCUCCCCCACUUUCACCAGAUUCAUCUGUGAAAUGGGCUAGCAGCUCUACUACACCCAAUUCCUUCUAGCGCUUGAGAUUUCCUCCAACUCUACAGUAGAUGGUAAAUUUGGUAUUGUAUGCCGCCCAUAAGAAGUCAAUAAGUGGGUUAACAUUUCAUUAUCUUGAUGUCGAUUGGUUCUAUUUUGUCUUGAUAGAAGAUGGAUGGAUGAUAGAGAUCCAUGGAUGCUUGUUGGGCAAUGUACAUAGUAAAUACAGCUGUCGAAAGUGAACUUAUUAGUAUUGGGAUGUAUUCACUAUUCAUCAUGCACAUGCUCUGAUGCUUGGCUUACAUACUUCAAUCGUAAAGAUUUUGAAUUAGAUUGUUUUCAUCAAUGAGAAAAUGUUGUGAAUCAAACGAUGACUAAAAUAUAAUGACAACUGCUAAAUUUUCCUC